AUGCCGGAAGUCGUGGCAGGCGCAGAGGACACCAAGCUGGGCCUUGUGCCCCAGCUCUCCGAUGGCUAUGUCCUUGUCAAGGACGUCAGCAAAGGGGGCUGGGCCGAGACCGCGGGGAUCAAGGCUUUGGCGAGGAUCAGCCAGAUCAACGGCGUUCAGGUGGCCGGCAUGUCGGACGCCGACUUCAAGGCCGCCCUGAAGCAGCGCCCCCUGCGGAUUCGUUUCGAGCAGAUGUUCGAGGUGGUCCUCCAUGACCCUGCGGAGAAACUAGGCUGCGGUUUUUCGGGGGUGCCUCCUGGCAGCGUCACGGUGUCCAAAGUGGCGCCGGGCUCCUUCGCAGAGAGGCACCAGGUGGAGCCGGGCUAUGAGUUGGUGGCCCUAAACGGCACAGAGAUGCACAGCCUCGCGGAGGGAGCCUUCAAGGAGGGCUUGAAGUCGCGGCCUGCUCGGCUCCGCUUCCGCGUCCCCGAGGCCCAAGGAGACGUACCAGAUGGCAUGAUGGAGGUGGUGCUGGCCGAUGCGGACACCAAGCUUGGCUGCGGCUUCGCCGGGGUUCCGCCCGAGCCCGUGGUGGUUGGAAAGAUCACACCUGGAAGCUUUGCAGAGAGGAACAAAGUGCAGAUAGGGUACUCCCUGGUGGCCGUGAAUGGGACGGAAAUCAAGAGCCUGAAUGCUGACAGCUUCAAGGAAGCCUUGAAAGCCCGCCCCGUGCGCUUGCGUAUCCAGAUUCCGCAGGAGGAGGAGAAGGUGCAGACUGUGGAGAAGGUAGAGAAACAGGAGAAUGCAGCCACCGCCAUCCAAGCCCUUGCACGUGGCCGUGCUGCUCGAAAAGGAACGGGCCUGGAGGCUGGAUUGGCCGGGAUGCAAGAAGCCAACACGUUCGAGCUCACUCUUCAAGAUGCAGAGACGAAACUUGGCUGCGGAUUCGCGGGAGUUCCCCCGGAGCCCGUGGCUGUUGGCAAGAUCACUCCCGGAAGCUUUGCCGAGAGGAACAACGUGCAAGUGGGGUACUCCCUGGUGGCCGUGAAUGGGAAGGACAUCAAGAACCUGACUUCCGAUACCUUCAAGGAAGCCUUGAAAGCGCGGCCUGUGAGCCUACGCAUCCAAGUUCCACAAGAGGAGGAGAAGGUGCAGACAGUGCAGAAGGUUGAGAAGCAGGAGAAUGCUGCCACCGCCAUCCAAGCCCUUGCGCGUGGCCGUGCCGCUCGAAAAGGAACUGGUUUGGAGGCUGGAUUGGCCGGGAUGCAAGAAGCCAACACGUUCGAGCUCACUCUUCAAGAUGCAGAGACGAAACUUGGCUGCGGAUUCGCGGGAGUCCCACCGGAGCCCGUGGCUGUUGGAAAGAUCACUCCCGGAAGCUUUGCCGAGAGGAACAACGUGCAAGUGGGGUACUCCCUGGUGGCCGUGAAUGGGAAGGACAUCAAGAACCUGACUUCCGAUACCUUCAAGGAAGCCUUGAAAGCGCGGCCUGUGAGCCUACGCAUCCAAGCUCCACAAGAGGAGGAGAAGGUGCAGACAGUGCAGAAGGUUGAGAAGCAGGAGAAUGCUGCCACCGCCAUCCAAGCCCUUGCGCGUGGCCGUGCCGCUCGAAAAGGAACUGGUUUGGAGGCUGGAUUGGCCGGGAUGCAAGAAGCCAACACGUUCGAGCUUACUCUUCAAGAUGCAGAGACGAAACUUGGCUGCGGAUUCGCGGGAGUCCCACCGGAGCCCGUGGCUGUUGGAAAGAUCACUCCCGGAAGCUUUGCCGAGAGGAACAACGUGCAAGUGGGGUACUCCCUGGUGGCCGUGAAUGGGAAGGACAUCAAGAACCUGACUUCCGAUACCUUCAAGGAAGCCUUGAAAGCGCGGCCUGUGAGCCUACGCAUCCAAGUUCCACAAGAGGAGGAGAAGGUGCAGACAGUGCAGAAGGUUGAGAAGCAGGAGAAUGCUGCCACCGCCAUCCAAGCCCUUGCGCGCGGCCGAGCCGCCCGGCAGGCCAGCCGCCCACUGGAGGAGCUGGAGGCCGCAGUGGCGGAGAGUGACCUCAGAACCUUCACCGUGGAGGCCGCCGUGGCCUCCCUGGGCCUGGAGUUUGCGGGGCCCAAGCCGGUGGUCAGCAAGGUUCUGGCGGGGGGCUGGGGCGAGCGCUCCGGGAUUUUGGCGCGAUCGGAGAUCCGAAGCAUCAACGGCCAGCCGGUGGUCCCUGCCGAAUUUCAGGCGCAGUUGGAGCAACGGCCGCUGAAGCUCUCCAUUGCCAUGGCUCGAGGCAGUCUGCACACCGAGCAGACGCCUAGCGAGAAGGUGGGCCUGGCGGACCUGGCGGCGGUCCGGGCGGAGCUGGCGGCCAAGGAGAAGGAGCUGGCGCUGGCGCGCAGGGACCUGGCCGCCGCAAACCAGGAGCUGAAGCAGCUGAAGAGCAGGGCAUUAGACAGCGGAGCUGGCCAGGACGUCUCGCAGGCGGAAGUGGCGGAGCUGAGGCAAAAGUUGCAGCAGCGAGAGAAGGACCUCGAUGCUCUCAGAGUCCAGGGGGAUCCCGGCCGAGGGAGCGUCCAGCAGAAUGCCUCAGGGGACGAGCUGGCGAGAUGUAUGCAGGACUUGGAGGAGACCAAGCAGCGCCUCAAAGAGAGCGAGGAGCGAGAACACGCGCCACGCCCGGGCACGCCGGAGUCCGGGAAGUCGGUGGAGAUCAAGGCCAGCUACUGGGCGGAAGUGGAGCUCCAGGCGCUCAAGGAAGAGCUGGGGAAGAAGGACCAGCAGCUGCAGAAGUUGCGGAAGGACGUGGCGGAGUCCUACGCCAAGCUCAAGGAUGACGACGGGAUCUUGCGCGCCACCGUGCCGGCGCAUUUCCCCGAGUUGGGCUUCCGACUCCGCGACGACGAGGUCUCCGAGGUGAAAGUGGACGGCUGGGCCGCGGCCGUGGGUUUGAAGCUGGGCGACCGGCUGAUGAUGAUUCAGAACAAGCCACUGGCGGAGCUGCGGCAGGAGCAGUUUCAGGAGGCCUGGCAGAGGCGGCCGCUGGAGCUGGGCUUCCGGCGCGCCACGCGGCAGCAGGCGCAGCAGCUGGCGUCCCGGAAGAUCCAGGCACAGUGGAGGGGCAAAAGCGCGCGGAACAAGUCGAAGAAGGCUCAGCUGGAGAAGCAGCAGGCGGAGUGCGAGGCGCAGGCCUUCUCGGUGACCUUGGAGGCCAGCGAGGAGGUGGGUUUCUUCUUGGAGACGUGGCCUCCUGCGCCCAAGGUGCUGAUCAAAGGGGUGAAGAAAGACAGCUGGGCCCAGCGGGUGGGCAUCAAGGCGGGCCAGCAGCUCCUGGCCUGUCAGAAGGAGAGCCGCUGCGGUCGCUGGAGCGGCGCACCUUCCGCGCGCAGCUCCAGCAGCGGCCGCUAG